AUGCCAAUGAAUAGCCCUUUUGAGCCUAAACAAGUCGUUGGCCUGCGGCCGCGCAAGCGAGUUGUGCCAACAACGGAGGCUUCCACAAUAUCCAGUGGCGGGACUGAACGCAUCGCUCGACGACAUGAACAGCUCAAAGAAUUGGACGGGUAUCUGCGCAACCUGGAGUAUCGGCUGGAUCAUCUGGCACGCCGCCGUGCAACAUUGUACUCUGAGGCUUCCACUGAAGCAGCGCCGCAGCGUACAACACGUCGCUACCCAGCGUUCCGGAAGUCUCCGCUCAGUAAGGAGAGCUUUGGACGUCGCAUGGUGCGGAGCAUGUCAGAAAGGCGGCAAACGCGUAUCAUUUCCUGGAAGGCAGAGCCAAGUGCAACUGUUCAGACGCGUGCCACUUCUGCAACCUUGGGUGUGGGCAUGGGUGCUCGACACGUUUGCGACGACUUUCGUGCGCACAGGGCGAAAAGGGGGAGUUUCUGGAAGCGGUUGCGCAUUCUCUUCUUUGGCGCGUGA